AUGGUUGGUGGCGUAUUGACGAGCCCGCUCGAGGUCGUCAAGACUCGACUACAAGGCACCUACAACAAGGAGGGCCUCGCCAACACGCAGCACCGAUUCGGCACCCGCACGGUGCGAGCCCUGACCCACCUUCACGCCGAGGGCGGAGUGCGAGCGCUCUACCGUGGCAUGGUGCCACACCUCGUCGGCGUCGUGCCGGCACGAGCCCUCUACUUCGGCACCUUCUCGUGGUCCAAGCGCGAGCUCGGCAAGCAACUCGAGCUCGACCCGCACGGCAUGCUUCUCAACUGGCUCGGCGGAGUCGCUGCCGGCGUCGUGACCAUCACGUUGACGUCGCCGGUGUGGGUGGUCAAGACACGCCUGCAGCUGCAGGUGGGCAAUGGCAAGGGCUCGGUGGCGCCCGGAACCGGCGUGCGGCAGUACCGUAGCGCAUGGCACUGCGUGACGUCGAUGAUGCGACACGAGGGGCCGCGCGCCUUCUUCGCCGGCAUGAGCGCCAGCUACGUGGGCAUCAGCGAGUCCUCCAUCCAGUUCAUGCUCUACGAGAAGUUCAAGUCGCUCAUCAAGCAGCGACGCGUGCGACAGUGCGAGGAGGCCUGGCAGCUCGAGCUGCAGCGACGGCGGCGCGCCCACACCGCCGCCGCGCCGUUCGACCACGACGCCGACCCCGAGCUGGUGCAGCUCAGCGAGCUCGCCCGGUCCGCCGCGGCCUCGUCCAUCGGCGCGUGGGAGACGCUGGGCAUCUCGAGCACGGCCAAGCUCGUCGCGUCGGUGCUGACCUACCCGCACGAGGUGGCGCGCACGCGGCUGCGCGAGGAGCGCGCCAAGGAGCUCUACGGCGGGUUCGUCAACUGCGUGCGCGUGGUGUGGCGCAACGAGGGCCUGGCGGGCCUCUACGGCGGCCUGGCGCCGCACCUGCUUCGCGUGGUGCCCAACGCCGCCAUCAUGUUCCUCACCUACGAGGCCGUCCUCUCCCUCUUUGAUCCCUCCUCUUCCGCUACGCGAUAA